AUGGGCCAAGGAAUCUCUAAAGUAGGUAGAGAAGAAAAUUCACUGAAGAUAGAAGACGAAAAGAAGUUUCAAGAUGAGAUACAAAAGCAUAAAGAGAAAAAAGAACGAAAGAGGAAACAAAGUAAUCUAAGUACACGGGGACAUAGAACACAUGAAAUGAAGCUUUGUCAUGCAGAUCAAGAAACAUCAAAUACUAAUACGAUUCAUGAAAAUACGUAUCCAACUUCAACCUGUUCAAUGGAACUUGAACAUGAAUUUUGGUCAAAUGACAAGGAUAAAGCGGACAAUGAUAAUGAUAAUGAAGAAGAAAUUUCUGUGAGAGAUGGCCUGACCAGUGCAAGGACAGAUUCACCUCAAGGGGAGAAUUUAGAUGUAUUUUCGUCAGAAAAUCGUCGGAGGGAUACAGAAUGGGAACAUACAGCACUUCCUUCCAGUAAUCCGAUAUUGACGCAGAGGCAAGAGGAUGGAAUUCAAAGGAGAAGCUACUAUCCUCAUGAACGUGAAGCGUCUUCCAGAAGUGCAAGUUGUCCUGAUUCUUGUACCACAGUUCUAUGCCAAGAUCAACGAUUAUCGAAUUAUGGGGCAGAACAAUCAAACGAUGGCUGGAGGACCAUUAAAGAGGAUGUGAACAGAGGAAAGCCAAAUGGGUCUGCAGAAAGGUAUAAUUUGUUAAUGGAAAACGAACGCUUAAGGUCAAAAACACAGUGCUGUAUAUGCAACAACCGACGGUGCAAUAUAGUGUUCAAACCAUGCGGACAUUUAGUCAUUUGUGAUAACUGUAUUACAAAUACAACAGAGUGCCCGGUGUGCAAGAAAAAAGUGGACGAAGCUUAUCGCUGUGGUUAAUCGUACCUCAGUCAGCUCAACAGUUUAGUUGUCAAGAAAUGUACUUAUUUAUCUGUUGGAAUAAUUUUAAUGUGACCUCAUAUAUAGUAUUGUACACAUUGUUUUCCUUAUUUAUAUGAUUACGAUAAAGACAAACUCAAACAAAUUUGGCAUAGCAAGUAUCAUAUGCAGGCACCUAAGUGGAUCAUCACUCAUUCUUUGAUGAGUGUUUAAAUUUAGCCCUAUGUUAGCAUACAGAGGCCUAACUUUAGGUUUUUGUAUCAACACACGUAAGUUCAUGUUCUGUCAAAGGGAAGUAAUUUAAACUUUAAAGUUAGAUAGUUUAUGUUACAGUAUUAGAUUGAUGAAAAAAAAAGAUUUUGAUAUUGUUUCCAGUUUGAGUGUAAUGUUAAUUCUUGUUUAUCGGUAAAGUUAUAUGUCUUCUGAAAAAAAAAUUGAAAUUAAUUUCUCUUUACAAAGUCGAUGUACAAAUAUUUAACUGUAGAAUAUGAUAGUAUUCAAUGCGUCAGUAUUCUCAGGUAGAGACAUUGUCUGUGAUAUCUGCACUCAGAUAUUUGUUUGUUUUGGGUGUAACAUACACCUCGCCCAGGGCUCGAACUCACGACCCCGCUAUCCGUAGAUCUGCGCUCUCCCUAUUGAGCUAAGCGGGUGGGCUUGCUCUCGGAUAUACUUACAUGUUACAAGCUUGUCCAUAUGGACAAACAUAUCCACUUUAGUUUCUUUGAUGUCGCAGCUCAAUACACAUACGAAAAGCAGGUAUACUACUAUCUGUUGACCUGGUACUAUUUAUCAAUAGCAAAACACUAAAACAAUAUAUCUAACUGUGUAUUUAUCGAGGAAAAUAAAGUAAACCAAGGCAUUGAAUUGUAUACUCUGGAAUACAAGAGAAGUACUGAUACAAAAUUUAUUUUUAAAUUAAAAACAUUUGUACAGUCUAUUAAAUUCUUACUGCAGCAAUUACACAUUACGUUGAAUUUAGGGUAAGUGUGAGUUGACUGGUCAUGAACCAGUUUAAACCCCCAAGUUACCUCAUUUUUCUGGGGACCGACCGUUACAAGGCGGUGCCUCUAUCUUCAACCCGUAAUUUGUUAAGAUCUUGCUGAUAAGUGUAAAUUAUUGAUUUUAGAUAUAGUACGAGUUCUGCUAUACAGUCAAACUUGUGCUAGCGACCACCCGUGAAUAGCGACCACCUGUCGACAACGACCGGUCUCUGGUCCCCCCGUAGAAAAAUGCUCAUAAAAAGGCCGUGAAUAGCGACCACCUGGCGACCGCGACCAGCGACCGGCCUAAUUCAUUUCCAAGGGUCAUAUUUGUCCCCCAAUAACGACCAAGCUGGAUCGUUCCGGCAUGAAAAUAUUUGAAAUCCACCGAAUUUUCACGGCUUUCGCAUUAUAGCAAACAUUAUAAUUACUACUUGAUUGAAAAAUUGCAAGUUUGCACGGGCCGAAUUAAUACAUAGAACAUAAAGAAAGCAAGAAGCUGUAAAAAUACUUUUUAUCAGCAUGAUAAUGGCUUACUGAGAAGUGACCCUUCCCCCCGAUUAAAGACCACCUGUGAACAAAGACCACUUUUGCUUGUUCCGAAGAGUUGUCUUUGUUCACAGGUUUGACUGUAUAUAGCAAUCGUUAUUGCAUCAUCAUGUUUUGCAGUUUGAAACCUUUUCCACCUUUUAGAUUACCUUUAAUGUAAUUUUAUAAGAAAAUUAUCAAACUUUGAUUCAAAAGUCAUGAUAUUAGUAUUCAGUGAUGAAGAACACACAGUUUUAAUGACAAGGUUUCAUACGUGAAAACAAAAUUGACCAAAUUGACCAUACAGCUAAUAAAUUGUAUUAAAAAUUGAUAUUCAUAGAAAUUCAUUUUUUUUCACAAAUUAAUUUCAUCUUCUGUCACUGAAAACUUAAAUCAUAUAUGCAUAUUUCAUUGUAAAAACACAUGAAACUUUUUCAUUGUUUCCUAAACCACACAUUCAACUUAAUCUAUGUUUGGAAACCGUAUCGGAAAAUACACGAAUAUAUGAUGGUAUCAAAUAUAUUUUAUGUAAAAUCAUACUGUGUCAUUCAAAAUCACUCAAUACGGGCCCUCUUUACUGGCUGCUUAUAAGAUGAUCAGUUACGGAAACAUCAUAGAAAGUAGUAGUUACAGCACUACUGUAACAGUCCCGUUUAUACCUGUGCUUUAACUGAACAAGGCAGGGGAGCAUACAUGUAUUUGUUUUUUGUCAAAUACGUAACAAGUUUAGAUGAUAAUACACCAUUUUCAAAAGAAAAGUUCGUUGAGUGUUGUGUUAAAUGAAUUUGAUUAUUAUCUGUAAUUUGUACAUUUUAUACAAUUUCGAAAUUAACGAUAAUUAAAAAAAAUGAUCGAUUAUGAAUACCAUGGUAGACAGAAAUUGAUUUGUUAAUUGUUGUUUUUGUUAUUAGACCUUGAUUUAUUGUUUUCAAACAUGUUCACCUAUUUUGGAGUAAUCGUUAUAUAGAUAUUUACAGGAAGGUGAAAAAGUAAUGUAAUGCAUUAUACAUUUGUACUGUUGAGCUUGUAUUAUACAGUGGAUAGAUACAAAUGUUGCAAAAGUUGUCAUUUGAAAUGUGAUCAAUAUUGUUUGUUUAUUAUCUUUUUGAGUUUUACCUACGAGGGGCGUUCAAUAAAUACCCGGAAAAGUGCUCUCAAUUUUUUAUGUAUCGUCAAAAAUAAAUGAAAAUGCUACAAAAUGUAGACUAGAGAAUACUGAGUUGAUAUGUUAAAAUUAGGUUGUCUUUGGAUAAAUAAUAAAUAAAUGCGAGUCCCCAUGGCAACGUCAUGUGAUGUCAACCGGCCCAAUUUUGUCUCUUUUUCUAUUUUACAUGCGCUAAAACAUUACUUGCCACUUACCUAUUUUUUCAAGCUAGCUUUUCUUAAAUUGGGUGAAUAUUGAUAUGAAAAGUAAGCGUUACGCUAAUAACGUCAAAUUAUAAAUGUGACAUCAUUAAAAUAUUUGGCAGGCAUAUUGAGUUGGUCGUCGCUUGAAAAUCAGUGUUGAACGGAGAUGUGAGAUAACAUUCUGUGUUUUGAAUCAAAAAUCAAGGAAAGAGACAAAUGCUAUCCUGAAAAAGUUUAAAGGACAAUGCACUGAAGAAAACAAAAUUCUAUUAGUGGGACGUGACGUUUAAAAGUGGUCAGGAGAAUAUUGCUGACGACUUUUGUUACAGACAUGAAAAAUAACGUUCAGUCAUAUUUAACAAAUUAAAGAGCGCCUUGAUAGGGCAUCAAUGCAGUGUCCAAUUUCUUCAGUACGACAGGAAUAUCAUAUGAACAGUACUUAUUUAUUCUUAGGAAGGUGUAAAAUGCAUUUAGUGGUGAUAAACAUUGCAUCAAUGGUAAUCACGAGUAGUAUUGAUUAAUUGAGUGUGAUACGACAGCAUCAUAAUGACGUUGGGCCGCUUUUGAGGUUAUGGCGUUGCCUAGGAGACGACAAAUAAAUAUUGUGCAUGUUCUGAAAUCUGUAAUUUAAGUAUUUGCAUUCAGUAUGUUCAUAUCCGUCAUAUUUUCAAAUUUUAGCAAAAUGAGACUAUAAAUAAAGAAAUGAGAGCACUUUUCCGGGUAUUUGUUGAACACCCCUCGUAUAUAUGUGUAUGUAUUGGUGUUGGGUAAUUUAAGCCAGAAUUAGUAGUAGUAUUCUUGCAAUUGACAUCAAUUUGAAAUAAGACUGUUUGUUUACGGCAUUUUUAAAUUUGGUAUAUUGGUCUUUUAGAUUUACGAUUAAGAAUCUAACAUUCAGCAUAUAGUAUUAUCUGUGUAUGAAUAUGUACAAUGCACUGAAGUUUAAAUGCUGCUUUAAAACCAAGAAUUAAAGUAAAUCAUAUUGUCAAUAACGUAUAUCUUUGCACAGUAUGCCUAGCAUGAGUGGUAUCGCUUAUAGUUUGUAAUGGAUUUAUUAAUUUUUUUAUAAUGUGUUAGGACUGUUUGAAGGGUAUGUGUACAUGUUAGUGAGUUUAAUAAAGAUGAACGCCUAGUAUAGAAAUGCUUUUUAAUUUUUUGAACACUGCUAUCUAAUUUGAAGAAUUAUUUUUUCGUGAUUUACAUCUGAAGGCAUGCCCCUUUCAGGAAAAGAUAACAACGAUUUUUUUUGGUUUAUGUACAUAUAUAAAACACAAGUGUUUCUAAAGUAAAACGUCAUACGAUUUUUAAUUCAACUUUAUAUUACUUGUCAGGUUAUUUUUGUUCUAUAUUAUUAUUAAGUUUAAAUCAUUCACAUUUUACUAACUAGUAAAUAUCAAACAAUUCAUAUAGAGUGAACUCCUGUAAAAACAAAUACUUAGAACAGAUGAAAAAUGAAAGUGCCUUUCGUUCCAAUCUCUUUCCAUCGUACGUUUUUUUUAAUAAAAAGGAGAGUAUCAUAUUUUAUUCGAACAAGAAUAAAAUAAAGUUGAUACCAACGAGUACACUUUAGAGACAGCAUAUACUAGAUAAAGUACAAGUCUUCAUAAGGCUCAAUGGGUUAUUUUAUCUUAAUAAUAAAGUUGAAAGUUUUAUGUAAUUCAUUCAGUUGUAGAAAGAUGUAUCAGUAGUUGAACUGUAUAGAAACUGAGACCUAACAAUGCUGCAUGUCCAUUCAUUAAUAUAUGUAUAUUUGGUAAUUUAUGCUAGUCUUAAACAUCAUAUAAACUCUUUUAUGAAAUGUC